AUGGAAAUAACAAGAAAAAACUUUGCUGAAGAAUUUGAAAAUAUAACUAACAAUUUGAAACGUUCUUGUUUUGUCGGUUUCGAUGCUGAAUUUACUGCUUUAUUGUCGGGGGAAAAUUUUAAAUACAGAUUGUUUGACACAAAUGAAGAAAGAUAUGAUAAAAUUAAAAGUGAAGUGAGCAAAAUGAUAAUGACCCAAGUGGGCCUCACCAUGUUCCAGUACGACAGAGAACAUGACAGCUACCUUGCUGUUGGCUAUACAUUUCACUUGUGCCCCCAGAGGCUUGGAGAUAUUGACCAAUCAUUCAUAUUUCAAGCAUCUACACUUAAGUUUCUAUGUAAACAUAAUUUUAACUUUAACAAGUUCGCAUAUGAGGGUAUUCCAUAUCUCUGCAAGGCAGAAGAGAACAAGGUCCGUGAACAUAUGAAAAAUAAAACACUUCUUAGUUACUUAACCCCUUCCCUAGAAAUGGAAGAAGAAAAGCAAAUACAGCAUUAUUGCUCUGAAGUUUGCAAAUGGCUUAGUGACAGCGAAGAAGGCACUAUGUAUAUUGAUAUGCAAAACCCCAUACUACGAUACUUAAUACAUAGUGAAAUUCGAAUGAGGUUUCCCAAUGUACUUACAACUGAUAGCUUAGGUAAUAGUAAUAAGAUUUUAAUAUAUCGAGAUAAAUAUAUAGAAGGUGCUAACAGUGCUCCAGUGGCAAUACUAGAAGAGAACUUGAUGAAAGAUUUAUUAGGCUUUUCGCAAAUAAUUCAAUUGUUAGCUCAUUACAGGAAACCCCUGAUAGGUCAUAACAUAUUUCUGGAUAUGAUACUCCUUCACAAUCAGUUCAUAAGUCCAUUGCCUAGAAGUUAUUCUAAUUUCAAAAAAAAUAUUAAUAGUAUGUUGCCAAUUAUUUUUGAUACAAAAUAUAUAUCACAUGAAAUGAGCAAGAAAUUAUCUUUCGAUGAAGUAUGGAAAUCCAAUGCACUUCAAGACCUGUAUGAGUUCUUUGCGGAAGGUAAAUGCAAGAAAUUACAAAAUGGCGUCAACUUCGUUAAACUCAGUACACCAUUUAAUGUUAAUCAAUCAUACCAUGAGGCGGGGUGGGACUCAUAUUGCACAGGCUACUGCUUCAUCAGGCUAGCCCAUUGGGCAGCAUGUGACAAUAGAGGGAAAUAUCGGCCGGUUGGGCCAACUGAGAAGCUCGCAGCUAUGGCCCCUUACUGCAACAAGGUCAAUGUAAUUCGUGGCGCUAUAGCUUAUAUGAACUUAGCUGAAAAUGAUCCGCCGAAACAUCGUCCCAACCUGUUGCACAUCAAAUCUAUAAAGGAGCGUAUUAUAAAUAUCGAAAAGGUGGCGUCCGCGCUGGCCGCUUUUGGAUCUGUCGACGUAAAACCUUACGGCAGCCGCACCGCACUUAUAGCGACUGGCACGCAAUUCACAGCGGACAAAAUCUUGAAGCAGUUCCGGGAUAGCCGAGAUUACAGAAUAUCGACGUAUAACGCUUUCAGACAUUCCGCGGCUGGUCGCAUCGCAAUCUGGGGCGGUGCCUUCAUUACUGGAAGUCUGUUGUUACUACUAAUACAUAAGAAGGUGAAGUCGUGA